UAAUAGACGCACAUUUGAUCACGUGAACAGAAGUCUGCAGUUUGGAACACGGCGCUCCGUUUGAAGAAUAUAUAGCAGUCGAAAUGUUUCGGCAAUCACCCGAAGGACGAGGAGAUGAAUUCAUACAUAUUCAUCCUGACAGAGUAUCCCCAGCUAAGCACUUUUUCCCAGAAACGUGUACAAGCGCCGGACGUGGCAAAUUAUUGCAGAUGUUGAAUAUCCAAUCUCCUUGUCCGGGGUCUUCUACAAAUUCCAGCACCUCCCCGCUAAGUUCUCCUGUGCAUUCCGGUCCUCAGAGCUCAGGGGUUCCAAGGAGCAGAAAUAACAGUUUCAGACAGACUGAAAUCCUGCGUCCAGAUUCUCCUUGUUACCAACUCCCAGAAUCCCCUACCACCUCAUCUUUCAGUGAAGAGGACGAUCCUUGUUGCUGCAACCGUUCAGUUAAGAACAUUGUGUGUCGUGCAUGUGGGCAUAUUUUCCAGGGGCGUGUGCGUAGACAGUGUCACCUGCAUCCCAAAACUAUCCACCUCAUGGACAUGGACUGCUGUCCAAACUGUAAGGCCACACAUCUGAAGGAGUUUCGUGGAUCCGUGGGAAGACACCAGUGAUCCUAGUUAAGCUAUAAACCAACUUUUCUCUGGUUGAGAUACUUGCCCUUUCUGAACUUCACUAGCAUUCCCUCAAGAAUCUCAAGAAGCAAAUCAUUUAGUGUUGUGAGCUUUGUUUUUUUUUCAGAUAAUUUUUCACAGACUAUGUUCAUACUGGUAGAAAGAUGUGAUUUAGUGUAAAGUUAAAACUGCUGCAAUCGAGGAAG